CUUUCAUCUUCUUCCCCUAGAUUCGCUUCUACUCACUGUCUUAAAUUUCUACCUUUACUUUACUUCCUUCUCACUUCGAUCCAUACUCUCUCUCUCUAACUCUCUCUUCUCGAAAAUGGCGAAACUAGUGAUCUUGAUGGUCCUCUGCAUCUUGCCGGCGAUAGCCAUGGCGGCGAGGAAGCAGCCACGCAUCGGAAAGAACACUCUUGUCGUUCAAGGCAUCACUUACUGCGACACAUGCAAGUUCGGUUUCGAGACUGCCGAAUCCUCCUACGUCCUUCCCGGCGCGACGGUGAAGCUUUCUUGCAAAGACAGGAAGACGAUGGAAGAGAUCUACAGUGACGUGGCCGUGUCGAACCGUCACGGGAAGUACAUGUUCGUCGUCCACGAAGACCACAAAGACGAGAUGUGCGAUGUGAUGCUCGUGAAAAGCUCGGACAAGGGUUGUUCGAAAAUCUCAAAGGGGCGUGAGCAGUCGCGCGUGAUAUUGAACCAUUACAAUGGUAUCGCUGAGCAGAUUAGGCAUGCGAACAACAUGGGGUUCGAGAAGGAUGUUAGCGAUGUGUUUUGUUCUGAGUUGAUUAAGAAGUAUCAGGUUGAUGAAGAUGAGAUUUGAGAUUAGUAGAUCUGUUUUCUUGUCUAUGUUGUGAUCUGAUGUUUUUUUUUAAUAUAUUUAUUUGUCUUGGAUGAUGAUCGGAACUCUGGUUGUGUAAGCUUUCUUUAUUGAUGUGUUACUUCCCUGCUUGGGAAGUGUCUUUAAUAUUUGAUUACUUUGUUUCUUU